AGCCGCUGAUGCUACCGGUGUGCAGCUUGAAGUACUGACUGGUAGAAGAAGCAGAGCGCAGCACAACCUCCGAUCGAUCGAAGCGGUGCUCAAGAUCAGCUUCCGCGCACACGCAUGGCGAACGCUGGGCUGAAGCCGGUGGCCGGCAUGCUCCUGGUGCUCAACUUCUGCAUGUACCUCAUCGUCGCCGCGGUCGGGGGCUGGGCCAUCAACCACGCCAUCAACAACGGCUUCUUCAUAGAUUCCGGGCUGGCGCUGCCGGCGCACUUCUCCCCGAUCUACUUCCCGAUGGGAAAUGCGGCGACCGGGUUCUUCGUCAUCUUCGCGGUGAUCUCCAGCGUGGUUGGCAUGGCGGCGGCGCUUGCUGGGUUCCACCAUGUCAGGGCGUGGAGCCACGAGAGCCUGCCGGCGGCGGCCUCCUCCGCGUUCAUUGCCUGGACGCUCACACUGCUUGCCAUGGGACUGGCCGUCAAGGAGAUUGACCUGCACGGCAGGAAUGCUAGACUGAUAACCAUGGAGGCUUUCACCAUCAUACUCUCGGGGACGCAGCUCUUCUACAUACUCGCUAUCCACGGAGGGAGGUGAAGGGGCUAGCUGAUCAAGAAUUCAUGGCGAGGGAGUACCUAAUUAAGCGUGGUGAAUCAUCUUGGCGAGCAUUGGUUCUCGGUCGGGUUGCAUGUGUACAACUUUGAUGUGGUCGGGAAACUUGUAUUGUGUGGUUAACUGACGAGAUGGGUAGGCACUGUGCAUGUGUGUUUGUUGUGUGCGUGUGUGUAAUGUCGCGUGAGUCGCAUGUUCGGAUUUCCGUGUAAUUAAUUUGUUCAAUGGAGUAUAUUCAUUUAA